AUGUCCUCGUCCACCAAGCGGGACACUCCAACUGACUGUCUGUCCAACUGCAUGUCGAACUUGGUGUCCCUGUCUGCCUCUUGUGGUUGUUGCCACCAUGGCCCCUGGUGUCAUGUCUGCUCCCACUCUCCCCGUUUCUUUGGUCAAAUAUAUGCAACCAACCAGCAGAACCUCAGCGGUGUGUCCAUGGCAGCGCUGAUAGCAGGUGGACUUUGCCCCAUGGACACACAACAGGAAGUCUGGUCAGUCCCUGCUACCUCUGCCACCGCUGCUAAGGGGGGUUGGUGUUUCUAA